UGUGCUGUGAGGGUUCAGUGAGGGGGUUUGACAGCACCUGCAGUCUGCCAUAGUUUAAUUGGACUGUAUACCCUUAUAAACUGUCAUGCCUGAAAAGGAGGAGCCAUUUGCGAACCCGGCAGCACCGCCGGGUGCCGCACAACAUAACGUCGAAUCUACGCCGGCCCGGCUCACCAAUGCCGACUUCCGCAAGCUGCUGAUGACGCCGCGGGCCGGGCCGGCGACGGCACCGCCCGCCGCCACGCCGGCCGCCGCCCGGCCCGACACCUCGGGCAAGAUCGACAAGGCCGAAGAGCGACGCAAGAAGAAGAGCUACUACGCCAAGCUGAAGCGCGCCGAGGACGACAUUAUGGCGGAGCUGGCCAAGAAGUACCGCGACCGCGCCAAGGAGCGUCGCGACGGCGACGAGGGCGCGGGCGUGCCGGACUUCCCGCACCAGACCGAGGACGCCAUGGCCACGGCCAGCGCCUACCGUGCCGUCGCGCCCGACCUCAAGUCGGGCCUGGACGCGGCCGAGCGUCGACGUCAGCAAAUCCAGGAGUCCAAGUUCCUCGGUGGUGACAUGGAGCACACUCACUUGGUGAAGGGUCUCGACUACGCUCUGCUACAAAAGGUGAGGUCCGAGAUCCAGGCCAUGGAGCUGGAGCACGAGGACGAGAUGGAGCAGCUGGCCGACGGCGUCGACAACAAGAAGAAGGAAGAGGCCAAAGAGGAGGAGAUCCUCUUCAAGACCAAGAUGGGCAAGAACGUGCACAGGGUACUGUUUCGGGACAAGCCGCCGCUGCGCAACGAGCUGUUCCUGCCGGGCCGCACCGCCUACCGGAUCGACCUGGACGAGGAGUACGUCGACUUCGACAUCCCGACCACGGUGGUGCGCAGCAAGGCCGACUGUCCGCAGGUGGAGACAGCUACAACGCUGACCACCAACGACAUCGUCAUCAACAAGCUUACGCAGAUCCUGUCGUACCUGCGUCAAGGCCGUACCGGCCGCCGCCUCAAGAAGAAAGACAAGCAGCGGGCCGCCGAGGAGAAGAAGAUGGCCGGCGAGGACAUCUACGGCGAGGUCGGCGAGUACGUCCCGGGCCCGGCUAACAAGGACCGCGCCCGCGACGGCGACAAGCCCAGCCGACAGGAGGGGGAGCGGGAGCGCCGGCCGCGCUCCUACUUUGACCGGCCGGAGGAGGAGACCCGCCGCGACCGGGACAAGCGCCACGACCGCGAGCGUGAGAGGGGACGGGAGAAGGAACGCGACAGGGAGCGGGAGAAGGAGCAGGAGGAGCGCGACCGCGAGCAGGCCGAGCGGGACAAGCGCGACAAGGAGAGGUUCGAGCGGGAGAAGGGCCGCGAGUCGAACUGGCUGAGCGUGGACGCCGCCGCCGCUGCCAGCAAGCGCAGUAAGGACAUGGGCACGGCGCUGAACGGCUACGCCGAGUGCUACCCGGGCCUGGAGGAGAUGGCCGACGCCAUAGACGACUCGGACGACGAGGCCGACUACUCCAAGAUGGACAUGGGCAACAAGAAGGGCCCGAUCGGGCGCUGGGACUUCGACACGCAGGAGGAGUACAGCAACUACAUGAACCAGAAGGAGGCGCUACCCAAGGCGGCCUUCCAGUACGGCGUCAAGAUGGCCGACGGCCGCAAGACGCGCCGCAUCCCCAAGGAGAAGAACGAGAAGGCCGAGCUGGACCGCGAGUGGCAGAAAAUAUCGGCCAUCAUCGCCAAACGCAAGUCGGCCGGCGAGGACGGUGGAGACAAGGCCAAGCGGACAAAGACCCAGUGACUGACGCGGACCUGGUCCAAGCGGCAGAACGGACUUCAUGGUCUCGGGACGCGGUACUUGUGAGUCGUGUCCGCCGUGCUGGCUGGGUCUGCCAGUCUGCCGAUGUCACGGUCUGGUGUGCCAGUCUGGUGACGUCACGGUCUAGUCUGUCAGUCUGGUGACGUCACGGUCUGGUCGGGAUGACAUCCCCUCUCGGCCGGGCCCGCUUCGCACCUGGCGCGCUUACUGGGCGUAGCUCUCGGACGGGCGCGGCCCUGACCGCGGCCAAGCGAAUGAAGUGUGUUGAAGUGUGCGAGCGCGCUGGUCCAGUGCAGGGGUGGCGCGGCUCGGGAACUCUCGUGCUGCUGAAGUGAAUGGCUCCUUGUCUAAUGCUGUACAUACACCUGUUUAAUGUGUGCGUGUGUAUGUAUUCGUAUCGUCUGUUCAGAUGACGAAUGUGAGAUCAGGUGUGAUGACGUUCGGAUCAAGAGUCGGUGCAUGUAAUAAAGUAUGUGCCUCAUUGU